CCAAUGCAGUCUGAUUUUCAAACGUACAGUAAAGUUAUUGUUGCUGGAUUUCGUCCGAAACUGCCUAUAGACUGUUGUGAUGCCGAAUCACGGAGACAGUUCCACUGAUGUCCCCCAUGAUGACCUCCCCCCUCUGGAACAAGUGGACUCUCCUACAGGGAGUCCACCUGCUGCGUCACCGGCCGGUGUAAUAGAGCUCCACAACUGUGUGUCCAACUUGAGUCUGGCUCACGAGAUUGUCAUGAACCGAGACUUCAGCUUCACGCCCAGCAGCCCCCCAAAAGAAAGCUUGGAGGGUCGGGUGACAGAGAUAGUCCACCGGGCGUUUUGGGACAGCCUCAGCGAGCAGCUCAACAGUCAACCUCCGAACUAUGAGCACGCCAUCGUGUUGCUGCAGGAGCUUAAGAGCCUGCUGGACUCUCUUCUGCUGCCUCGUCACGUCAGACUCAGGUCUCAGCUGGACGAGGUUCUGGACAUGGAUCUGAUCCGCCUGCAGGUCCAGCACGGAGCUCUGGACCUGGACAGACUGGCAGCUUACAUCAUCAACACCAUGGCAGCUUUGUGUGCGCCGGUGCGAGACCCAGAGAUCAGCGCACUGAAGGAGCUCAAGGAGCCAGUGGAGCUGCUGAGGGGGAUCUUCCGUGUUUUGGGUCUGAUGAAGGCCGACAUGUUGAGUUUCACCGUGCAGAGUCUGAGGCCUCAUCUUCUCCAGCAGGCGGUGACAUAUGAGCGGACCAAAUUCCAGCAGAUACUGGAUAAACAGCCAGCUGCUCUGGACAGGACCUGGUCCUGGUUGGAGGCCGCAGCAUCUGAUGAAGCCUCAAGCUCCUCCCCACCACUGAGUGCCACUGCUAUCCUGAACCGCGCCUACAUGCGACUGCUGUCCUGGGACCCUCUGGACCAGAAAUAUCCCGAGACGCUGGUGAUGGACCGGGCUCGCCUGGAGGUCCUCAGCAGUCGACUGCAGCUGCUGACCAUGGAGGCGUCGGUUUUGCUUCUGACCUGCGGGACCGCCGCCGCCUUCCCUCAGGGGUUUGUAGUUCGAUUGCGGCAAACGGUCGCCGCCUUGCUGGAGGGUCGUCACAGCAGGGAAGACGACCUGAAGGAGGCGCUGCUGAGUCUUGGGGAGGUGGUCGUGCAGCAGGUGCACCAGGCAGCAAUAGACCAAGGAGGAGUGCCACCGUCUUCGGAGAGCCAGGAUGUGCUGAGCGGACAAAUAUCUACUCUGUGGAAGAAGGACAAUCCUGUCCGCAGCCUCGUCGGCGAAAGAUUGCAGGGUUUCCUCAGGGCCUUGCUCGAGGGCAGCUCCACUCAAAAGGCUCCAGAGCUUCCGGCGUCCCUCGGGCUGGUGAGCCAGGACCUGCUGGAUCUGGGAAGCACUUUCAGGAGGAUGGUCCACUUCAACCGCACGGUCUUCGGUCCCUUCUACGCUCCCAUGCUCAGGAAGCUCCUGUUUCCUGCCGAAGCUGUCGCGGACGACUCACGCUGAGGUGCUGGUGUCAUUGAUGGGGUGGGGCAUCAUGCAAAACUUUGAAUUUACACCUUAAAAAUAGAUCUAUAAUAAAUAAGGUUGAUUAUGAACGAGACCCCAGGUGGACGAGAAGGGUCCAGCCUGGGUCACACUGGGGCAUUUCUGUGGCGUAUUUUGCAAAAGGGUGUGGCGCUAUUUCCCCGUCCUCUGCUUGACAAAUAUCGUCUUUUACUUACGUAAAUAUUUAACAUGUGGUAGAAAGUGCCAUCGAGUCCUUCGCUCAACACUUCAUUCACUCAUUUAAGUUUCAAAAUAUUCAAUUGCGACUGCCGGACAUGAGGUCAUCGCCUGGGCACGUUCCACUACUGGCCACUUUUGUCCAAACCCCAACCUCACACCGGAUGUUUUAAAGCCUGGAUGCAACCUUGAUGUUGAGCUGUUGUGGCUGCAGUUGGUUGAUAUUGAAAUGGGCCCCAAAAAUGUAACCAUGUUUUGAUAAUACCAAAGUAGAUAUUUGUAAAUAUUGCACAUCUCUUCACAACUUUGCACUUUUAUCAGCAAGUCUACUACUCUCUCUCUCUCUCUCUCUCUAUAUAUAUAUAUAUAUAUCACAUUAUAUAAUUAUAUAAGCUAUUUUGCUUGGUUCUCAUUGUGAAUUGACCCUUCUGAAUACGGUCGAAUAAACAUAAACAUAGUGUUACAGUAGCGUGUCUAUUUCCCAAGGUCACCCUCUCCCCCCCUUAUUUGAGUUUAUUUUGAAAAUGGGCUUUGUUUUGAGUCAGGUGAUGCAUGUAACGGUAUGUGUUUGUUAUUCCAUGUUUUAUCGACCUUUUAAGUCUGUAAAUAAUCAUAUAUUAAAUAU